CUGGCGCUGCCUGGACGCCGCGGGGUCCCCCUCUGCACGGGGCACUCGGCGCGGGGGUCUGCGCGUCCAGCUCUUUGCUUCCGAUGUCGCCACCCGGCUGCUGAUCGCCCUAGCUCCUUCCCGCAUCGGUGUGAGGCCACCGGGGUCCCUGUAGAGGCAGGAAGCUCCCUUCGCGAAGCGGGAAUGGAAGUAAAUUGUUUAACACUAAAAGACCUGAUCAACCCCAGGCAGCCCAGACUAGAUUUUGCAAUUGAUGAUGGGGAAAAUGCACAAAAGGAAAAUAUAUUUUUUGAUCGAUCAAGGAUGGCCCCGAAGACUCCAAUAAAAAAUGAACCGAUUGAUUUAUCGAAACAAAAAAUCUUCACUCCGGAAAGAAAUCCCAUUACUCCAGUUAAGCUCAUUGACAGACAGCAAGCAGAACCAUGGACCCCCACAGCUAACCUGAAGAUGCUCAUUAGUGCUGCCAGCCCAGACAUAAGAGACCGGGAGAAGAAAAAGGGACUGUUCAGACCCAUUGAAAACAAGGAUGACGCAUUUACAGACUCGCUGCAGCUUGAUGUUGUUGGGGACAGUGCUGUGGACGAAUUUGAAAAGCAAAGACCAAGCAGAAAACAGAAAAGUUUAGGACUCCUGUGCCAGAAGUUUCUAGCUCGCUAUCCAAGUUAUCCCAUGUCAACUGAGAAAACUACCAUCUCCCUAGAUGAAGUUGCUGUGAGUCUUGGUGUGGAAAGGAGACGCAUCUAUGACAUUGUCAACGUGUUGGAGUCACUGCAUCUGGUCAGCCGGGUGGCCAAGAAUCAGUAUGGCUGGCACGGACGGCACAGCCUGCCAAAAACCCUGAGGAACCUCCAGAGACUAGGAGAGGAGCAGAAAUAUGAAGAGCAGAUGGCAUACCUCCAACAGAAGGAGUUGGACCUGAUGGAUUAUAAAUUUGGAGAACGUAGAAAAGAUGGCUAUCCAGAUUCCCAAGACCAACAGUUACUGGAUUUCUCUGAACCCGACUGUCCCUCUUCAUCUGCAAACAGUAGGAAAGACAAGUCUCUGAGAAUUAUGAGCCAGAAGUUUGUCAUGCUGUUUCUUGUCUCCAAAACCAAGAUUGUUACUUUGGAUGUGGCCGCCAAAAUACUGAUAGAAGAAAGCCAAGAUACCCCGGACCACAGUAAAUUUAAAACAAAGGUACGUCGCCUCUAUGACAUAGCCAAUGUUCUGACCAGCUUGGCUCUGAUAAAGAAAGUGCAUGUAACAGAAGAGCGAGGCCGGAAGCCAGCCUUCAAGUGGAUCGGGCCCGUGGACUUCAGCUCUAGUGAUGAAGAACUAGUGGAUGUUUCUGCAUCUGUCUUACCAGAAUUGAAAAGAGAAGCAUAUGGCCAGAUUCAAGUCUGUGCAAAACAGAAGCUGGCUCGCCAUGGUUCUUUUAAUACAGUUCAGCCUUCUGAAAAGAUCCAGAGGAAGGUGAACUCAGAACCCAGCAGCCCAUGCAGAGAAGAACAAGGAUCAGAUGGCUACUCUUUAGAAAUUGGAAGUCUGGCAGCAGUCUACAGACAGAAAAUAGAAGACAAUUCACAGGGACAAGCCUUUGCCAGUAAGAAAGUGGUGCCUCCACCAAGCAGCUCGAACCCCGUUGUUCCUUUCCCUGUCCUCUCUAUUGACUCAGAGUAUUGUGUUAAUCCUUUAGCCCACCCAGUAUUUUCUGUGGCUCAGACGGACCUGCAGGCAUUCUCCAUGCAGAAUAGUCUGAAUGGACAAGUAGAUGUCUCACUCACUUCUGCAGCCUCGGCCGUGGAGAGCUUGAAGCCGGCUCUGCUUGCCGGCCAGCCCUUGGUGUAUGUGCCUUCUGCCUCGCUGUUCAUGCUGUGUGGGAGCCUGCAGGAGGGGCCAUCCCCAGGGUCAGGGUCAGAGAGGAACAGCAGAAAUUCGGAGGCCCCAGCCACGGCAGACCAGUCGUCCACCCUCUCGGCUCAGAAGCGCCUCUGUGAGGACAGGAGCCUUCAGGGAGAGCAUGAGCCAGCCACGAAGAGACAAAGUAGCAAAUGCGAAGACAGUCCCCUGUCACUCGUCAUGCCCAAGAAACCCUCGGAGUCUACAGACCUUGCCUCUCCCAAGACUAAGAGUAACAAGGCAUCUGUGCCCCUCGAAGGUAUUUGCAUGAAUGGUCAACUCACUGCUGCAAAGGAAAUUUCAGGAAAGGCAACAGCAAACUGCUUUGUUUCUUCUGAGUGGGCAAAUCCUUUAAGAAAUACAGAUGUUGAAAAGCCUUCAAAAGAAAAUGAAAGCACCAAAAAACCCUCUUUGCUGCAGUAUCUUUGUGUGCAGUCUCCAGUCGGAUUAAAUGGUUUCAAUGUGCUCUUCUCUGGUGGUCAAGCCCCUCACACUGUGGGUCCAUCUUCGAGUCAGCUGCCAUCCUUCAGUGUUCCUUGCAUGAUCUUACCGUCUCCGACUCUGGGCCCAUUUCCCGUUCUCUAUUCUCCCACAAUGCCCAGCCCGGUAUCUUCUGCUCCUGGUACUCUCCCAAACACAGGACCUGUGAAUUUUGGCUUGCCUGGCCUUGGAUCAACAGCCCAUCUUCUCGUCGGCCCUGCAGCCAUGGUGAAUCCAAAGUCAUCCACACUUUCUUCUGCAGACCCUCAGCUUCAGGGUCAGGCCUCACUUAAUCUGAGUCCAGUGAUGUCAAGGUCACAAAAUGUCAUCCAGCCCGAGUCCCCUGUUUACAUGGGACAUCCGGUCUCAGUAGUAAAAUUACAACAGUCACCAGUUCCCAUGACCCCUAAGAGCAUCCGACGCACACACCGUGAAACGUUUUUCAAGACACCCGGCAGCCUUGGAGACCCUGUCCUUAAGAAAAGAGAAAGGAAUCCGUCACGGAACACCAGCUCAGCCCAGAGGAGACUAGAGAUACCCAGUGGCGGGGCUGACUAA